UGAAGAAUAUAUAAUUGUAGAAAACUGUAGUUAUUCUAUAGAUUACCUCACUGGUCCUGGUGUUUCAGAAUGGCAUCUAAAUGAAAAUUCAAUUCGAUGGAUUGUAAAUGACAUCGACAUCACUGAGAUAUGUCGUAAAUAUCGUGCAAUCGUGAUUAAAAAAUGUGAGUUAAUAGAAGUUACUUUGAGUGCUACAGAAGAACUAGCGAAUAAGAUGUUGGAAUCAUCAGCAAUCGCAAAAAGACAUUUUGAUCUUGAACGUUUAGGUACAAAACCUGAUUUCACUGUCAUGAUCAUGAAUUCACAAAAACACGUUAAAUUGUUUAUCAUUGAGAUCAAACUGAAUAAAACGAACACUGCUCUUGUUUCAGAGGAUUUUGUCUCCCUCAGGAAAUGA